GCCAGCCUCACUCAUCUUCCUCUAGGUCUGUUCGCCGUCUGGGUACCGCGAAGACGACGACGGCAGCAGCCUGACGCACAAUCUACCAUACCAUCUCUAUAAUUUUCCACUCUACGAACCGCUUCUAGUUACCUUAUGGCGACCACGACCACAACGGCUCCGGACAGCCCUCCUCGCGCGCCUCCGGUCAAAUACCACACCCCUCUGGGAACUCGAUGGCAGAAGGAGAAAGCGGCGGCGGGAAGCGGUGCUUUUGACUUCCCGGACGACGCGAAGUACGUUGGACCCUGGGUCAUUGGCGAGUGUGUCGGCAAAGGCGCGAGCGGACAUGUCAAGAUUGCCAAGCAUCGCCGGACUGGCCAGCUUGCCGCGGUGAAGAUCCUCCCGCUGCAGCCGUUUGUCAAGAACCGCGCGGACGCUGCGGCGCAGGCGAAGCUAGACAAGCAGCGCCUCGGUAUCGACAGGGAGAUCACCAUGAUGAAGCUCAUGAACCACCCGAACAUCAUGCGCAUAUACGAUGUCUACGAGGGCGACAAGGAGCUCUAUCUCAUUCUUGAAUACGUGGAAGGCGGUGAGCUGUUCGACUUCCUCGUCAACCGCGGCAAGCUCCCGCCUCUGGAGGCUCUUGCCUACUUCAAACAAAUCGUCUACGGUCUCAACUACGCGCACACGUUCUCUAUCAUACACCGCGACCUGAAGCCGGAGAACAUUCUCAUUCACUCGCUCAAUCCUCCGCUCAUCAAAAUCGCUGACUGGGGCAUGGCUGCCUUCGCCCCUCCCUCUCUGCAACUCGAGACUAGCUGUGGGAGCCCGCACUACGCGAGUCCUGAGAUCGUCAACGGGCACAAAUACACUGGAACGGCAACCGAUAUCUGGAGCUGUGGUGUCAUCCUCUAUGCGCUUUUGACUGGCCGUCUGCCUUUCGACGACAAGAACGUCAGGACACUCUUGAGCAAGGUCAAGGUGGGCAAGUACGAGAUGCCCAGCUACGUCGAUUCAAUGGCCAAGGAUCUUCUGUCACGCAUGCUUGUGGUCGACGUCAACAAGCGGAUCACUAUGGCUGAGAUUCUUGCUCAUCCCUGGCUCGAAGGCCCGACGCCUGGCAUUACCUAUGUUCCUGCUCCGCCUGUCUCGGAGCUCGCUAAACCGCUGCCCUCUGCUCUGCAUAUCGACCGUGAUUUGUUUGAGUCUCUUUGUGUCAUCUGGGGACGUCACGCCGACGUAGACGGAAUUCGCGCUGAUCUGCUGAGUCCUCCUGGACAAGGCACUCUGGCAAAAGCUUUCUACUUCCUGCUCCAGAAGCACCGCGAGAGGACUAUGGAAGAGCACGGCAUCCUCAUGGACAUCGACGAAGUCUUGACUGGGACUUGCAAGGUGGUCACGAAGCAGUACUCAACACCUGGCUCGCGACGGUCGACUCACUUGGAGCCUCAAGACCUCAACCGGCAAGUCAUACCUCAGCAUCAGUACUUGCGGUCUACUCGUGCUGCGCCUGCGCCGCCCCCUCGUACUCCGUCGCCGAAGCCUGCUGCGCUGGCUGUCUCGACCGAUGUGCCCAUGGAGCGGUCUCCUUCCAGAGCCCACCCGCCAUCUCCUGUUGGUCCUCGCCCUCAGAAGGCUCGUCCUGCCUCUGCGUUCUCACCGCCUAUUGCACGGCCUCAGUCUAGCUUCGUUGCUCCUCCUCGCCAGUCGUUUCAAGCAGACAUGGGCGGGCCGAACUCGUCAACGCAAGCGCACACGCAGAGUCUGUUCCUUCCGCACCAGCCCCGUGGCACCUCGGCGCCGAUGCGGCGUGGCUCUGCGCCCAUCCCGAUCCCCAGGGCACCACCUAGGUCUCUUAGCAUCAACGAUCCUACUCUUAGCUACCGCGCAUCCGUGGCGGCGCCGUCUCAUGGUGUAAUCCACUCGCCCGUUCCUGUGCGCGCCGCUGCCACGCCCAUUCUGCCAAUGAUCAGUGCGCCUCGAGUUCAAAAUGCGGAUCUGCAGAGGAACCUGGAUCAAUACGCAGACAUAGUGAAUACGAAGGCUGUUUCCUGGAAUGCGGCACGCCCGUCAGCGCCGCCACCCACGGAGGUGAACACCCCGGAGCCCAAGGACGUGACCGACGUCUCGAUGGACACCGAGCAGCCCCUGGGUGACACGCAGCAGCGCAACGAGAGCAACGAGACGCAGUGCGGGAUGGUCGUCGACGACAAGGAGAACUGGGACGGCGGUGCGCCUCAUGCACGCUCCCACUCGCAUGCGAACGCCGGCGGUCUUGGGUUCGGACAGUCGGUGCCCAUGGCGAGGGAGAUGGGGAACAUCGUGUUCUUCAACGAGCCCCAGGCCGCCAAAGUUCCGAAGAAGGACAGGAGGAGCCGGCCGCCCGCUUUGGAUCUGCAGGGUACGCCUGUCCUGCACAAGCGAUCAACGUUCUCCAUGAUCGGGUCUCCUGGCCUCAUGUCUCCUCAGUCGUCCAUGGUCGGCUCCCCGGCAGGCGAGUUCAAGGGCUGGUUUUCUAAUCUGUUCCAUUGGAAGGUGCAGUCCUACACGCUCUAUUCGACCGCGGACCUCUUCGCCACGCGCGCCGAGAUUGCGCGCCUGCUCGAACAGAGCGGCGUGCUCUCGAUGAUCGAGGACCACCACAGCUGGUACACGCUCAAGUGCAGCACGGCUGACACCCAAGACGGUCCGAGUGGUGCCUACAAGCAGGUUCGCUUCCGCGUCGACUUCGCCUCUGCUUCUGCCGUCAACCAGUACGCUUCGCCCAUUGGCGCUACCCCACGCCUUUCUCAGGGCGCUCUGCCUGCGCCGUCGAGCUCGUUCGCAGGCUCGAGGCUGCGGAUGGACAAGUUCUUUGGCUACGAGACUGGCGUCGCUUUGGUACUGGAGAAGGGCUCCGUCUCGACGUUCAAGUCGAUCUGCCAGCGUGUCCGGGCGGAGUGGAGGCUGGACGCGAUGCAGUCUCCCAGGGGCACGGGUAGCGCGAUUGGCUACACCCCUAGUAUCGAGCAGCGGUUCUCUGCGUGAGGUGGAGUCGUGGCGCGUCUGCAAUUCAAGAUGGAGUACUGGUUCGCGGAUAUGGUUUCACACAGAACUUUAGCCUACAUCCUACCAAACACGCUCACUUCAUACGAUACUCUCUCACCCUACUACACACCGUACAUGACUGCGGCGUGCGCGUCACAUACACACUGCGCGUUGUAUUAUAUAUUAUAUGUAGUUACUACUGCACGAAUAUGUAGCAAGCAUUCUGCACGUCC